AGCAGGGCAGGGGCGGAGGGCGGGGCGCGCGUCUGGCACCGCGAGUGGGAGCGAGCCUGAGAGCGAGGCGCGCUGCGUGGAAGGGUCCGGGGUGUGCACACCAGGGAUGUGGCCGGCGGGUGUGUGGGCGCGCGGCUCGUGGGGCGCAGUGGCGGCCGGCGGGUCCCCAGGACCCCCAGGGGAGCGGAGGCUCCGGGCGGGCUGCUGCCGGGUGAGGGGCAGGACGGGUGGACGCAUCGGAUCCCACCGUUGGCUCAGCCCCCACCCUCGAAGGUUCCAGGGCUGUGGACUGUCCGGACCGGAGGGUGACCCGCCUGCCUCGGCAGCCUCCCAGCUCCUAGCCACGUGGGAGACGGGUGUGCGCCCGCACCCCGGAGAAAGACAGUUUCUGUAGAGACCGGGCCUCCGUGUCGCCAAAAGCGGUCAGGAACCCCGGCUCCCGGAGUGCUGGGCUCACAGGCCAGAGCCACAUGCGCCGGUUCUUCCGGGGUCAGCUCCGACUGGCUGCUGUGGCUCCACACACGAGCACACGCGCACAGCACGUGUGUACACAUGACACACACGGACACAUGCACAGCACGUGUGUACACAUGACACACGCGCACAGCACGUGUGCACACAUGACACACGGGCACACGCGCACAGCACGUGUGUACACAUGACACACAUGGGCACACGCGCACAGCACGUGUGUACACAUGACACGGGCACACGCGCACAGCACGUGUGUACACAUGACACGGGCACACGCGCACAGCACGUGUGUACACAUGACACGGGCACACGCGCACAGCACGUGUGUACACAUGACACGGGCACACGCACACAGCACGUGUGCACAUGACACGUGAGCACACACGCACAGCACGUGCGCACAUGACGGGCACAUGCACACGUGUGCACACAUGACACGGGCACACGCGCACAGCACGUGUGCAUGCAUGACACGGGCACAUGCAUAGAGCACGUGUGCACGCAUGACACACGGGCACAUGCGCACAGCACAUGUGUACGCAUGAUACACAGACACACACACAGCACGUGUGCGCACACGACACACGUGUGCCGGGCUGUGACCUAAUGCGCAUUUUUUUUUUUUUUUUUUUUUGAGAUGGAGUUUCGCUCUUGUUACCCAGGCUGGAGUGCAAUGGCACAAUCGGCUCACUACAACCUCCGACUCCUGGGUUCAAGCAAUUCCCCUGCCUCAGCCUCCCAAGUAGCUGGGACUACAGGCGCAUGCCACCAUGCCCAGCUAAUUUUUGUAUUUUUAGUAGAGACGGGGUUUCACCUUGUUGACCAGGAUGGUCUCGAUCUCUUGACCUCGUGAUCCACCCGCCUCGGCCUCCCAAAGUGCUGGGAUUAUAGGCGUGAACCACCGCGCCUGGCCCCUAAUGUGCAUUUCUUACUGCUGGUCUCCACGGUAAACGCUGCAGAGCCGCUGCUGUGACUCCCAUCCUUUCUAUCCCCACCAAGGCAGUCCGGAGCUACAACCUGGGACCCCAGGAAAAGGGGGGGGAGCAGUGGCCUCUCCACCUUAGCUUAUUACAGAGUGGGUUCUAAGACCCCUUUGGGUGACUAGGGUCGGGGCCUGUGCCUCUUCAUAGCACACCACGUUCCUUCUGUGUGCGGGGCCGUUCUGCCCCAGGGAAGGUCUUUGGCAUUUGGGGAGGAAACACGUUUUGAUGCAGGAACGCAGUCUGUGUGAGUCUGGGAGUCUGUGUUAUGUGAGGAGCAUGACACAGAAGGUCUCAUGUCAUGGCCUCAGCAGAGCAGCCAGUGGGCACUGGGGAGCCGGGGAGGUGCCAAAGCCCAGACAAGGCCUGGUUGCAGUGUGAGCACCCCUCACGCAUCACACACAGCGUGUCCUGGGGCAGUUGUCUGUAAAGUUCCAUGGCAAGUCAGAGAAGCAGCUCAGCACUUGUAGGCAUCCUGUAUCCAAGCGCUUCAUGGCAGAGCUGAUGAGCUGGGUGCCGGGGACAGAGGCAGGACCCACGCUGGCCUUGUGCUCAGUCAGCUUCUUCUAGUGCUCCCUCUGCUGCACACAAGCUGGCAGGACUGUCUUCCUCUUCCACGUGGCUAGAUCAACUCCACCCCCACCCUUUCCUCUUUCUUCCCUGAAGUGUGAAAUCACAGGUCCGGGGGCAGGGUGGUCAUAGGCACAAGGGCCUCUAGGUGGGUGGACAGUGGCCCUGUUUCCAAGCUGCAGGACCGCAGGUAGGGGCAGAGACCCAACCCCAUAGUGGUUGGUCAUUGGGCACCUGGGUGUGCCCUCAAGUUACCCGUGGACCACUCCCCUGGAAAACCACCUCCUGUUUGGUUUUUCAUUCCUUUCCUUCCUCCCUGACCCAGGCACCUACUCAGAAAAGAGAGGAGCCGGUGGUCAUGGAAUGGGCUGGGGUCAGAGACAGGGUGCCUGGAGCUGAGGCAGCCGCUGUUUGAGCCUGGCCAGGCAAGUGAAUCUGGGUCGUCUUCCCUGUGCCAUGGUCAGAACCCUCCCCACCUUCCCUGGCGCGUUGCUGACUCAGACCAAGCCUGUCAGCUGCAGCAGGAAGGUAGUGGGGCUGGGAGGAGGUGGCGGCAGCUGCCCUUGGUUUUGAUUCUGGAAUGUGUCACUGAAGAGAGGGGCUGGAGAUGUUGGGGGCCGGGGGCACAGGGUGGUGACCUGUUCCUGGGUCUUCUUAUCGUCCCCCCCCCCACCCGCACACACACCCUCUCAGAACUGCUGUGGCUGGCUGUUCGGACACUCACUGCCUUUGCCUGUGGCUCCGUGUACUGGGUGCUGCUGUGCUUGCCCUGGGAGUUCCCUUCCUAACUCCUCAUAAGCCUACAGCCUAGGUUGUCUUGUGGCUCCCUGCCUCCUAGGUGGGGGAGCUUCACUGGUUGACCUUGCUCCAGAACGAUGUUCUCUCCACACAGGUGGCUGUAUUUGGUACCAAAGCACAGAAGCUCCCUGUCGGGGGGCGGCCACACUCCCCUCGGUCUGCACCAGGAGCCCUAGUCUCACCCAGGGAAGAGACAGGGCAACGUGGGGCAGCAUGCGCCUCUGCAGAAGGAAGCAGGUCAAGGGACAGUUUCAGAGAAAGUGAAUCAGGUUCCUGGCCUUUGGGUAGGAGGGUAGGCACUGUAGAAGGCUCUGGCAGCACCUUCUGACAGGAGCACCUGCCUGGCUGGGGUUCCCAGAGCCUCUUGGGCCAGAGCUCCUAUAUCAGGAGCCUGUGACCCAGGGAAAGGCCGUGUGCCCACCUGCUGGGUAGUGGGCUAGGCUGGCCUCCAGCUGCCCACCUGCCAGGUCUCUACCUCUGCCCAGGCUAUGUGGCCUCCUCAGCUGAUUUACAGGGGUGAUUGGUGCCGCAACUGUGAAACUAGCCAAGAGCUUCUUCCCAGCAGUGUCCUGAAGCUUCAUGAAGGACUAACAGCCCGGCUGGAUUAUGGUGGUGGUUCAACUUCCCCCCGACACCCCCGCAACCCCAGUGAAAGAAAGCAGAAUCACUUUUGUGGGUGGUCCCAGAAACUAAAAAUGAACAGCAUAAUAAAAGUUUAGUGCGGGAAGACCAGAAGAUACAGAUAAAGCAAAAGAGAAGAAACACAAUGACCUGUAAUUCUGGACAUCCUCUUCAUAUGACCGGUGAUUCCGGGCAGCCUGUUGGUGUGACCGGUGAUUCCGGGCAGCCUGUUGGUGUGACCGGUGAUUCCGGGCAGUCUGAUCGUGUGACAGGUGAUUCCGGGCAGCCUGUUGGUGUGACCGGUGAUUCCGGGCAGCCUGAUCGUGUGACCGGUGAUUCCGGGCAGUCUGAUCGUGUGACAGGUGAUUCCGGGCAGCCUGUUGGUGUGACCGGUGAUUCCGGGCAGUCUAAUCGUGUGACCGGUGAUUCCGGGCAGCCUGUUGGUGUGACCGGUGAUUCCGGGCAGCCUGUUGGUGUGACCGGUGAUUCCGGGCAGUCUGAUCGUGUGACAGGUGAUUCCGGGCAGCCUGUUGGUGUGACCGGUGAUUCCGGGCAGCCUGUUGGUGUGACCGGUGAUUCCGGGCAGUCUGAUCGUGUGACAGGUGAUUCCGGGCAGCCUGUUGGUGUGACCGGUGAUUCCGGGCAGUCUGAUCGUGUGACCGGUGAUUCCGGGCAGCCUGUUGGUGUGACCGGUGAUUCCGGGCAGCCUGUUGGUGUGACCGGUGAUUCCGGGCAGUCUGAUCGUGUGACCGGUGAUUCCGGGCAGCCUGUUGGUGUGACCGGUGAUUCCGGGCAGUCUGAUCGUGUGACAGGUGAUUCCGGGCAGCCUGUUGGUGUGACCGGUGAUUCCGGGCAGCCUGUUGGUGUGACCGGUGAUUCCGGGCAGCCUGUUGGUGUGACCGGUGAUUCCGGGCAGUCUGAUCGUGUGACAGGUGAUUCCGGGCAGCCUGUUGGUGUGACCGGUGAUUCCGGGCAGUCUGAUCGUGUGACAGGUGAUUCCGGGCGGCCUGUUGGUGUGACCGGUGAUUCCGGGCAGCCUGAUCGUGUGACAGGUGAUUCCGGGCGGCCUGUUGGUGUGACCGGUGAUUCCGGGCAGCCUGAUCGUGUGACAGGUGAUUCCGGGCGGCCUGUUGGUGUGACCGGUGAUUCCGGGCAGCCUGAUCGUGUGACCGGUGAUUCCGGGCAGCCUGUUGGUGUGACCGGUGAUUCCGGGCAGCCUGUUGGUGUGACCGGUGAUUCCGGGCAGCCUGUUGGUGUGACCGGUGAUUUGGGGCAGUCUGAUCGUGUGACCGGUGAUUCCGGGCAGCCUGUUGGUGUGACCGGUGAUUCCGGGCAGUCUGUUGGUGUGACCGGUGAUUCCGGGCAGUCUGAUCGUGUGACAGUUCUACUCUAGCCGCAUCAUCGUUCGUGAUCUCUCCCAUUGCUCACAUACCUGGAAAAGCCUCCUCCAACCCGAGAGUGUAUAGAUAAGUAUCCGUGUUUUCUCCUAGUGCUUCUGCGGUACCGGCAUCGUCGUCGUUAGUAUUAUUGUAGGCUUCUCAGAGCCUACAACUUUCUGUUUGUUUUGAGAGACAGAGUCUUGCUCUGUCGCCAGGUUGGAGUGCAGUGGCACGACCUCACACCCCUGCCCCUCCACCCCCAUUCAAGCAGUUCUCCUGCCUCAGCCUCCCGAGUGGCUGGGACUACAGGCGUGCACCACCACGCCCAGCUAAUUUUUGUAUUUUUAGUAGAGCCGGGGUUUCACCGUGUUGGCAGGAUGGUCUCAAUCUCUUGACCUCGUGAUCUGCCCACCUCGGCCUCCCAAAGUGCUGGGAUUACAGGUGUGAACCACCAUGCCUGGCCUCUUCUUUUGAAAAGAGUUUUGCUCUUGUUGCCCACGCUGGAGUGUGAUGGUGAGACCUCAGCUCACUGCAACCUCCACCUCCCAGGUUCAAGCGAUUCUCCUGCCUCAGCCUCCCUAGUAGUUGGGAUUACAGGCAUUAGCCAUCAUGCCUGGCUAAUUUUUAUGUUUUUAGUAGAAACGCGGUUUCACCAUCUUGGUCAGGCUGGUCUCAAACUCCUGACCUCAGAUGAGCUGCUUGCCUAGGCCUCCCAAAGUUCUUGGAUUACAGGCAUGAACCACUGCCCCUGGCCUAAAUUUUUAUUUUUUAUUUUUUAUGAGACAGAGUCUUGCUCUGUCGCUCAGGCUGGAGUGCAAUGGAGCAAUCUCGGCUCACUGCAGCCUUUGCCUCCUGGGUUCAGGCGAUUCUGCUGCCUCAGUCUCCCGAGUAGCUGGGAUUACAGGCUCCCGCCACCACACCCAGCAGUUUUUUUUUUUAGACGGAGUCUCACACUGUUGCCCAGGCUGUAGUGCAGUGACACAAUCUCUGCUUAUUGCAAUCUCUGCCUCCUGGGUUCAAGCAGUUCUCCUGCCUCGGCCUCCCGAGUAGCUGGGACUACAGGCACACGCCACCACACCCAGCUAAUAUUUUUGCAUUUUUAGUACAAAUGGGGUUUCACCAUGUUGGCCAGGAUAGUCUCGAUCUCCUGACCUGGUGAUCCGCCCGCCUCAGCCUCCCAAAGUACUGAGAUUAAGGCAUGAGCCACCGUGCCUGGCCAAUUUUUGUAUUUUUAGUAGAGAUGGAGUUUCACUAUUUUGGCCAGGCUGGUCUCGAACUCCUGACCUCAUGAUCCACCUGCCUCGGCCUCCCAAAGUGCUGGGAUUACAGGCAUAAGCCACCAUGCCCGGCCAAUUUUAAUUUUUUUGUAGGAUCUCACUAUGUUUUCCAGGCUGAUCUUGAACUCCUGGGCUCAAGUAAUCUUCCCACUUCAGUCUCUCAAAGUGCUGGGAUUAUAGG